GACGGCGUCACAGCUGUGAUGAGGACAGCAACUACUACAAAGAAUUAUUGCAGCUGAGGCACAGCGAGAACACUGCUUGUCUGGUAAACCCGGCUGGUUUAAUGUAUUGGAACCCGGAUGACGUCAUGGCAGAGCCAUCGAGUCAGCCACAAUUUAAACGGGCGUGUGAGAAGCUUCUCACUUGGCUGAAUUAAAGGCUAAGCCUCACUGAACAAAGAGGUCUGGAGACCGACUUACCGACUCCUGCCUUACUACUGAAGAGGUGGGAGCUAAUUGUACUGACUUUCCGACUCUUGACGGGCAUUGUACUACAUCAUGCACCUCCACUGUGCAUGAACAACCUACCACUGAGAUGAUGGUGAAUUGGAACCGAACCAAGUCCCCGGAAGAGAAGGUUAAGCAUGAAAGCACCUCUUUUCCGGUAGGAGUAGACUAUGUAAUGAUACUAAGUGGACCAAGUACCAUAUGAAUGAACACAAGUACCAUAUGAAUGAACAAAAUACGAAAUAAGUCCCUUGACUCUGACUGUGAGCAGACUAUAGAAGUCUUUGCUGUACCGGAAAGAGGGCACCAUUGCAGUUUGAGGCUGUUUCGAAAGAUACGAAGCACGCUGUCACCUUGAAAUCGAGCUCGAGGAUGGAGCUCUUACGGAUUUGAGUUAUGCUUGAGCUCGUAUGAAACUCCUGAGUUGUACCAAUUACAUCUUCGUAAAGAAGUAAAAGAAGUGUAAGGACAGGAAGAGCACCAAAGAGAAAGGAAGGAACACUUUACCAAGAAUAGAAUGAAGUCGGUGGAAAGAAAAUUCUACAUGAACUGAUACAAGUACAAGGGAUAACUUCAAUAAAUUGCCUCAUGAGAUGAAGAGGUCAGAGUGCUAACGCGCACAAGAGGACAGUUCCUCUCGAUGAUGAUUGCCACAGUACACAGGAAAGAGUGUUGAAGAUCGGCGCUUCAAGAUGAGAGCCAGUUCUUGCCAGGACUUGUGAGGACGGCUUCUCUGAAUACGAGGACAAGUCCUGCGAGGACUUGUGCGGACGGCUCCUCAGGAUGAUGAUCGCAAACAAUCGGCGCUCAAGAAUAAGAGCGACCUCGAGAGUGGCCCUUCUUGAUGAAAAAAGAACAAAUCGGGACUCAAAAAAGAGUAGCCGGGAGGGUGGCCCCUCUGGGUGAUGAUCGCUCGCUACCAUCGAGCAGAAGCCGCUUGAAUGGUGCUCCCCACAGACCCAAAGAGGUCAAUGGGUAGGAGACCGCUCUGGCGUGGAUAAUAAUGACGAGUGCGUGAACCUGCACAGGAGAAAAAGCUCCUUAGAGUCGACGACGAUGAUGAUGAUCGCUUCCCCGUGUUCGAUGGUGGUGAUCGCCCCCCGCUGUGGGUGGUGGUGGUCGCCCCCCCGCAGUCGGUGGCGGUGGUCACCCCCUGCAAUCGAGCAAGAAGCUCAGCAAUCGAGCAAAAGGCUGGCGGAGAGCGCCCCAUAAAUCCAACGUGGUCAGCGCCUGGGAGAGCUCUCUUGGGCGCGGGGGCAGCAUAAGAGGGGAGGUAAGAGGACGUCGGAGAGUGGGGCGGUAGGUGGAAGUUCCUUGGUUACUUAGUCCUCAUUGGUAUGACUUACUUCUCUUUCUCAUCUCAAACAAAGUUUCAAUUGUCUCUCAAUUUUUUCAUUCUAAUCUUUUCCACAUACAGGUUAUGUAGAAACUUUAUCGAUUAUCGGAGGCGGAGGCGUGGUUCUCUCUAAUAAUCUUAUGGCCACCGCAAAGGAUGCAUGGGCGGUAGCUCCAGCAUUUUGCAGGCGGUGGGGCAUGAGUAUAAGAAUGGUGAAGGUGGAAUUUCAUCAGCGGAGAAAUUAUGCUUCGAAGCAGUAUGAUGCUUUUGACGGAAUUGUCGACUAUCUUAGUCGAAGAGGUCAAGAAGGCACAUACUUUGCAGAAGGUGUGAAGUGUUAUAAAUAUCGGGCCUAAAUAAGUAAAAGUAUUCGGGCCUAAAUAACUACUACCUAUUCAGAGGUGAGGUUUGGUGUGAAUUUAACGUAGAUUUAUGAACAAGAUUCAUCCAGGCGUUCCUUUUUGUGGAUUAGUAUGAAGAUUUUUGAGACUAUGAUACAACAUCAACAUCUUUUUUAAGUCGGGGGAAGCUUCUUGGCAAUCAUAGCAGCAGCAAGUCUUUAGGG